CCCUCCCUCCCACCCGUUUCCACCACCGACUUCUGCCUGACUUUAAGAGGACGGGGAGAUACCUCGCAGUGAGAGUAGAGAAACUGGACAGGGAGCAGUGAGCGAGAGAAACAAGGGUGUGAAACCAUGUGUUGUACGGGGAAGUGCGCUCGCCUGGUGGGCCUGAUCCUGCUGCCCACCGCCUUCAUCAGCAUGAUCGCCAACCUGCUGCUGUUCUUCCCCGACGGGAAGACUCUGGAGACCGACCAGAUCUCCCUCCAGGUCUGGCUCAUGGGGGGGCUGAUCGGAGGAGGCCUCUUUAUGCUGUGUCCGAGCUGCUCGGCUAUCAAGGCCGGGGGCAAGGGUUGCUGCGGAUAUGGUUGCUGUGGCAACCGUUGCCGGAUGUUGAGCUCGGUGUUCUCCUCGGCGUUCGGCCUGAUCGGAGCCAUCUACUGCACCAGCGUGGCCUCGGCAGGUCUCGCUAUUGGACCCAAGUGUCUGGUCGAUGGCAAAUGGACGUACCCGUUUGAAAACUCUGACAUGGGUAACACCAGCUACCUCACGAACCAGACCUUGUGGACGAUCUGCGAGUCCCCUGCCAACGCAGUGAUGUGGCACGUGGUGCUCUUCUCCAUCCUGCUGGCCAUGGGUCUGCUGCAGGUGGGGCUCUGCGGCAUCCAGGUGGUCAACGGCUGCUUGGGCUGCAUCUGCGGGGACUGCCGCGAGAGAAAAGAUGAUGAUGGUGGACUGUGAAGACCGACCUGCUGUGACCUGCGUCCACAAGGAGCAAGGGAUUGAAAGCUGUGAAGCAGAUUGAGAUUUUCUUCUGAUACUCCGCUGUACUUUUAUUCUGAAGACAUCCUGUUUGAGAAGCUUUACUCCAUUUGUUGUUCAUGUCGGUGGUUUGUCUCUUUGCUUCCUUUUUUUUUUUUUAGGACUGUCAACAUGAAUCACACUGUAAUGGUGAGGAUUGGUUUGCUUUUGCUAUAAAGAAACAAACAUAAAAAAAUGUAUGAAUUUCAAAUAUUAUUUUUAACUUUGUAGUGCUUGUGCAUCAUGAGUGAAAGUUAAGCUACAUCAAUAUUAAAACUUAUUUUUCCCAAGAAA